AACCCCGUCUGCUAGUCUGGAGCUGCGAUUACAUUCUGGGAAACAUGCAGUGCUGACAGCACACAGCUGUGGUCAGUGCAAGCCAUCUGACAUUUCCGGGAGCUGCAGGUCUCUCUCUAUUGGCUGGAGUCGGCGGAUCCCCCAGAAUAGCCCGCCUCUUGCGAAAGAGGCCAGACUUCAAAUGAUGUUUUAAAGACCGGCUGUGUUCCUCUCUCCUGCGUUCUUCUUUUUAUUUUUCGUCCUUCCGCCAAGAACCUGCUAGAUUUCACCUCCUGUACAGCAAAAAGGCACAAAGGUGAAGGGUAAGGCAGGUGCAGUGUGCUGUCUCUCUCUGUCUCACUCUUCAUCUCUGUCUCAGUGAGUGCUACACAUGGCUUCCUCACUCCUGACCCGCCAGCUGGCUUUCUCCCUUCAGAAAAACCUGCGUCUCGCCGUUCCAGGUUCCAGAUAUGUCAGCAAAACCGCCACAAAGACGGUUUCAGAGUUUGAAUAUGAUGCCCCAUCCAUGAAAACGGCUGUGCCAGGACCAAAGUCUCAGGAGCUGCUUAGACAACUCGGCGAGAUUCAGAAUGUUGGAGCGAUUCAUUUCUUCUGCAACUAUGAGGAGAGCAGGGGGAACUACCUGGUGGACGUAGACGGCAACCGAAUGCUGGAUGUGUACACACAGAUUUCCUCCAUCCCCAUCGGUUACAAUCAUCCAGCCUUAAUUAAAGUGAUGACCAAUCCAAAUAAUGUGAGUGCAUUUGUCAACCGUCCGGCGCUUGGUAUUCUGCCACCUGAGAACUUUCCAGACAAACUGACUGAGAGCCUGCUGUCGAUUGCCCCCAGUGGAAUGACCCGAGUACAAACCAUGGCCUGUGGAUCCUGCUCCAAUGAGAAUGCUUUCAAGAGCAUGUUUAUCUGGUACAGAAAUAAGGAGAGAGGAUACACCAGCCCCUCGGAGCAGGAAGUCGGCACUUGCAUGAUCAACCAGACUCCUGGAUGCCCCGAUUUGAGCAUCUUGUCUUUCAUGGGAGCUUUCCAUGGGAGAACUAUGGGCUGCCUGGCCACAACACAUUCCAAAGCUAUUCACAAGCUGGAUAUACCGUCCUUCGACUGGCCCAUCGCACCCUUCCCUAAGCUGCAGUACCCUCUGGAGGAGUUUGUGAGGGAGAACGCCCAGGAAGAGGCCCGCUGCCUGGAGGAGGUUGAGGAUCUCAUCGUGAAGUGGAGGCAGAAGGACAAACCAGUGGCUGGCAUUGUGAUCGAGCCCAUCCAGGCAGAGGGAGGGGACAACCACGCUUCCCCUGAUUUCUUCAUCAAACUGCGAAAUAUUGCACGCAAGCAUGGCUGCGCUUUCCACGUGGAUGAGGUGCAGACAGGUGGAGGAACAACAGGCAAGUUCUGGGCCCAUGAGCAUUGGGGCCUGGACGACCCUGCUGAUGUUGUCUCCUUCAGCAAGAAGCUGCAGACAGGAGGAUACUACCACAGGGAUGAAAUGCAACCAGACAAACCCUACAGAAUCUUCAACACGUGGAUGGGAGACCCCUCAAAGAAUCUGUUCUUAUCAGAGGUGCUUAAUGUGAUCCGAAGAGAGAACCUUCUGGAGGAGGUGACGCGCUCAGGGAAGGCUCUUCUACAAGGCCUUUACGCACUGCAGACCCAGUACCCUCAGAUCCUGAGCAGAGCCCGUGGCCAGGGCACAUUCUGUGCCAUAGACACCUGCAAUGAUGCCACACGCGACAGUAUCAUGCUUAAGGCCAGGAACAAGGGUCUAUUUAUGGGUUCCUGUGGAGAAAAGACCAUCCGUUUCCGUCCCACUUUGGUCUUCAAGGAGUACCAUGUCCAUCAGCUCCUGAACAUCCUGAACGACGUCCUGGCUGAGCAUAAAUAGAGUUCUGGCUGCCAGGUCGCCCGUGAUUACGGAGCGUGUAGUGGUCCAAGCCCACUCAAGGGUUUAUACCAGCCUGUCACAAUUGAUUGGUCACUGUCUCUCUCUCUCUACAUUCGCUCUCUUCCUGUUAUUACUUAUUAAGAAAGAUAGAAGUCUCUUUUUAUUUAGCCCACACAGAUUCAGCCCUGCCACUAUAUUUCUAGACUUUUUUGGGGUGGACAGAUUGAAGGCGGGAUUUAUUCCACUCAAAUUCAGAUUACAUAUUUUAGUAAUUCUCUCGUGAAGACAUUGCAACUUUUGUGCGUUUGUGAACUGUAAGGUCCAUAACUGAAUAAAGCACAGAGCCACAGACCACAGAGACAGUACCGGGUUCCUAAUCGCAAUAUUUCUUCUUCUAUCCCUUUAUAUGUCAAAUAAAAAAGUCCUUAGCGUUUGGAAGGUAACAGGAAAAGAUAAGUGAUCUGAUUAUGUAUGACACCAAAAAUACAGAAAACAAGCUAUUGUCUGUUUCUCAUUUUAUGGCGAUAAAAUCUGACUAUUUUAGUAUCUAUAGAGAAAUGGCUGCAUUUGAAAUGUCUAUAGUGUGUAAUUUUGCAUGAUGGAAGAAUACAUUUACAGAGUACCUGAAUAUUACGAUCCUCAGUGAAUUAAAAGCAUGUGUGGAAGCUAAAUAGUAGAAGCAGUGUUGGCUUGACUGCGUCCUGAGGCGCUAGAGAGAGCCAAUGGAAAGCUGGAAGAAGUGAAAGUGCAGAGAACUGUAGAUCCUCUAUACCCUGAAUGAGCAAAACCCUUCAAGCAGGUUCAUAAAGAGCCAUUGUCAUUAGUCACGCGGUCUCUUGUUGAAUCUUGUAUGAAAAAUAUUUAAAGCACAACCUGGUGUGGUAACAGUAGGGUCCUACAGAAUUUACAUAAAUCUGUAUUUUCACAGUCAAAUGUCCACCUGACAAUAACAAUAGAAACGUGUCAGGAAGAACGUUUGAAAAGCACAAGCUUGAGGCCGCUUGGCUUAGUGUCCAUCCUCCGCUCAGGUGAACAUGAUCCCCUCAUGUUUCUCAUUACAGGACGUGGAAGAAAGGGUAUAUUGUUGUGCUGGACAACAACUACAAGUCAUCUUCACUUAAUGGUUAUCACAGCCAGUAAACGUUUAUGAUCGUAGGGGUGAUUCUCCUCUUCCAGUUGCUCUGAACUGACCGAGUACACGUCCCUUCAGCUUGGUUUGUUUUAAUCAUCUUUUCCUUUAUAAACACUUAAACCACGUUAUGUACUUAACUGUAGUGAGAUUAUGUAAUGCUCAUUGUGUACAUUUUGUUUAUGAAAACUAACCAGCAAAUAUUGUUUCCACCUUGUUUACAGCCGCAUCGGAAUAAAGUCAUUUACGCAUCAAAUAUUAAUAUGUGCAAAAUCUCACCCUCUCUAACGGUCUUAUUGUUUUGUGAUAUUGUGUCUCAUAUGUUAGUGUAAUAUAGAAAUGUAAUUCAUUCACAUUUAAUGUUGUGUACCCGCAGCGACCCGAGACGUGAAAGCUGUGUCUGUCUGUAAUCUGCAGUAUCAAGUCAGUAUUUAGUUGAAAAAUGUUUAUUAAUGAAACAGAUACUAACAAUUAUAAAAAAAAAUAAACUGCAUAUGAUUACAGUUAUGUGUAGUACGAUUAGAAGGAAAUUAUUGAUGUCAUUUCUACAUAAAACCUAAAUGUUGUCUGAGGAAGUUAUAAAAUAAAUCUGACGUUUUGAUUCA